CUAUAGAGCAAACUGGAUUAAGAAGAUUUUAAAACAACUACCUGUCGGGUUUAAGGAUGACGGCGAAGCAAAAUAUGAAAAGAGAAAAACGUACACGCUUCGAAGCCCCGAACCCAUUCCUUCCGACUCUCCUGUCCUCAUGAGGAGAAAGCAGACGACAGAUUCAACAUCAACAGAGAACACCCAUGUUACCCUGCAAUCCAUGUAUUCGACUCCACGCGACGUGAGGAAACUCAUGGAUGCUGAAGAACAAAGUCACCUGAAGCUUCAGUCCUUGUAUUCAGCACCACGUGAUCUUAUUCCAGCUAAUGCUCGAAGUAGUUGUCUUGAGCAACUUGGGCUAGAAGAUUACAUGCUUAAGCCCGAAGAAACCAAUUUUUCUCCUACAAGCCAAACUGCGACCGAUCCAUGUUCAAAAAAUACAGACGAAGAAGAAUACCCAUACAGUUUUGUUCGAAGUUUCGCUGGAAGAAACCUCAGUCAGUUUUCAGAUUCACCAGCUGAAAACGAAAAUAAAUCACGGUCAGAAUCGAGACUUGAUUCCAAUAAUAUUUUCAAUCCUGUCGAUGAACAAAGCUUGUCGGCAAACAGAAGAUACAGACGAUCGACGUGUCCAGACCUCGGAGAAAUCGGACCUUAUCAAGUAGACUCCCGUGCACACAAUGCGAUUCUAUCAAGAAAUUCUCAAACAGGACCGAUACAUCUCUCAAAAGAAAGAGCUAAUUCUCAACAUUCAGAGGAACCAUUUUAUCAUACUUUGGAAAUCGUACAUCCAUACCCUAAUCCCGCCCUAGAGACAAUCCUGAGCACUAACAGGACAUCCGGUUACUCCCAGAAUUCCUCGCGUUCUAGUUCCGGUAACAGUGACACGUUUUCUAAAAGGUAUUCGAGAAGUCUUUCCGAGAAUAUAUUGAAUGAAUGUCCAUUUUUGAGUGUGAACUUUGAAAACGUUUUUCAAGAGUCAAGAAGACCUAAAACAACGACCUUAUGAAUACAGUGUACAUAAUACUAGUAUUUCUUAUUUCCUUGUAUGAAUUGGGACGUUAUUUCCAAAGCAGAACAGGGGUUAUUUGGACCUCUUAAUAUAUUUGCACUUUAAAAUCUUUUGUUGAGUGAUAUAAAAGAAAGUUUUAGAACUUACUUGAAUAAAAUGAACAGCACAUAUAAAUGUAAGGUUUGCUAGAUGUUUAUUUGCGAUCUCUGCCCUAAUAUAUGUACAAAACGAUAGUAAAUAAACUUGAACAAACAUAUAAAAGGCACAAAGCAUUGCAUGAAUUGACAAUUGGUGACACAAAUUCAGAUAGUAAAUGUACUGCAAAAACAAAAUUAUUAAUAAAGAAAUCUGUUCUUUC